CUCUCUCUCUCUCUCUCUCACACAAUGACUAGUGUGUGGUAAAAGGCAUGGUGCUCCCAGCUCCCUCCUCUCACUCCCUAAAUUACCACCGUGUGUGAGUGACAGCAGCUAUUUCAAAGCAAAGCUGAACUACUAAUUAAAUCCUCUGCUGCAGUGGCACCUCGACUUAACAAAGAGGCCUACAUCUAGAGAUCUCAACAGCCUGCUGCAGUCACGGUCUAUUCAUUAGUUACCGGAAAAGAAGAAAAUGGACUGAUAUAGACUGACCUGGACUACCUGAACUUGUCCAAUAAGACAUGCUUAUUUUCGUUUUCCGUUGCGAACUAUUUUGGUACGUUUUUGUUAUGGUAAGCCCUAAUGAGGCACAGUGAAUGUAGCCAAACUGUGCUAGAGCCCUGUUUGUAAUGUCCUUCUGUGACACUUCUACAUUGUUCUCACUGUGUGACAUGACAUGUCAAAGUAAAGUUGCGAUGACAUGACUUGAGAGAGACUGGACCCUGACGAAGUCACCGCUGAUGAUGUCACCAUGACCUGAUGUGUUUUCUAGGAGCUGAUUGGGCGGAUGCUGCAGGUGAACGUGGAGGCUCGCUACACGGCACAGGACAUCCUCUCUCAUCCCUGGGUCACGGAUGACAACAUGGAGAACAACAUGAAGAUGGAGGUGUCAGGUAAACUGAGGACACACUUCAACACAGCACCAAAGCCCAGCACAACCACAGCAGGAGUGUCAGUCAUCAUGCUCCAAGGCAAUGAACACAGCUCUAGAUAAGAAGAGGAUCCAGCUGACUCGUCGCAGCCAGAGGCCCACAGCACCACCUCCGCCCCCACCACCGCCUGGGAAGAUAGUAGUCCCUCCUGCAGCCAUGCCAGUCAAGCAAGCCUCACCAGUCUCACCCAACWCCAAGCUGCCAGUACCCACCAAGCUGGCAUCACCCACCAAGCCUGCCCUGCCAGAGGAGGAACCCAAGAGUCCUCAGACUGAUGUGCCUGUCCCUGUAUCCCCUCCCAUCUCUCCUUCAACACCUACCAGACCUGUUACCUCUCCCUCUGUCCCUGUCUCUCCUUCCUCUCCUACCAAGCCUAACAUCUCUAUCUAUCCUACCUCCCCUACCAGGCCCAACAACUCUCCCUCUCCUUCCUCUCCUACUAAACGUAUCUCUCCCUCUCCUUCCUCACCUACCAAACCUGUUAUCUCUCCCUCUUCACCUACCAAACCUAUUAUCUCUCCCUCUUCACCUACCAAACCUGUUAUCUCUCCCUCUCCUUCCUCUCCCUCUUCACCUACCAAACCUGUUAUCUUUCCCUCUUCACCAACCAAACCUGUUAUCUCUCCCUCUCCUUCCUCCCACCAAACCUGUUAUCUCUCCCUCUUCACCUUCCAAACCUGUUAUCUCUCCCUCUCCUUCCUCUCCCUCUUCACCUACCAAACUCCAAAUGUCCCCUUCUCUUUCCUCUCCAACCAAGCUCCAUGUCUGUGCCUUCCCUGGGGCCUCUCAUAUGCCAGUUACUUGCCCCUCUGCCUCAUCACCUUCCAAACGCAAAGCCUCCCCCUCUCCUCCUGCCCCUCUCUCUCCCUCCGACCCUCCCUCUCUUUUUACCUGCCCCUCUCCCUCCGACCCUCUGUCUCCCUCUGCCUUUCCCAGCACUCCCUCACCCCUGACCUGCUCCUCUCCCUCCUCUCCCACCCCUCCGGCACCCGUUACCUGCUCCCCCCCAACCGUGCCCCCACCCCUGGUGGGCCUUGACGUUGAAGCUGCUGCUACUGCCAGAGAGCUGUGAGAAAGAAUGACUGGCUGCUGGACCAUGGUCUAAUUUGUACCUUUCAAGCUCCCUUACCUCCACGCGCCGUAUCGCCAGACCUAUGAUUCGCAUGUAGGGGGCUAGAUACAGAUAGAACCUCCACCCCCAGUAACAGUAUAACCGCUGAUAUCCACUGCUGUAUCUUUCCUAGGCUCCCAAGCAGCAAAUGGCAAAAACAAAAAAAYGGCUCCUACAACCUACAGUACAAUCUCUGUAGAGAACCCAUCAUAUCCACGCUCCAAGAGGGAAGUUGAGGUGUUUUGUACAUUUUGGUUGAUUUGUAUGUACGGUAUGUGUGUAUUUAUAUAUGAGCGAUAUGGAGAAAACAGAGCGAGGCCUGGCUAGUUGGUGUGUGGUUUCAGAUGGGGUUUUCUGGAAUUACUUCUGAUCAUGUUUUAUUUAUUGUCUGUGGUUGGUUGGUAGACACGCACGCACACAUUGAUUAUGGGUAGAAGUGUAUUAUUUGGCGGGCUUGCCGUCUGUUUUAAGAUAAACUACUACUGUAGAUGUAUAUAGUAUUGUAUGACAGACACGAGGCAUCCGAAUGAAAGUUGAAGGUUUGAGUUUGUUUUCUUCUCUUGCCUGUAAAGCCUGUUUAUCAUUGGUCCGCUAUGGAGCCUGUAGUGUUUAACUGCUGAACACCAAAAGAGAGACGCAACAGAGUAGAAGAUGAAUAGUGUCAAUGAGGAGAGGUGUGCCUGUGAAAAUAGCUGCCAGAUAGCUGUGUUCAGGGCGGCAGGUAGCCUAGCGUUUUAAGAGAGUUUGGCCAGUAACCGAAAGGUCACUGGUUCGAAUCCCCGAGCCA